AUGGAACCCGCAGUUGACUGUGCCUAUGAGAUGACCAUGAAGCGCAAUCCGGCUUUAGAGGAGUUUCGAGGCAUAUCAUGCAACUUUCCAGAAGCGGAACUUUGGCGCACGAAAGAUCUCUUCCUACCUCAUCCCACCAAACCGAAGCUUUGGAAGUUCCAUGCCCGCACAGAUGAUAUCAUUGUUCUCUCCAAUGGGGACAAGUAUAAUCCUGUGCCGAGCGAGACGCAGAUCGCUGCUCACCCGCUCUUGGCCGGAGCUUUGAUCACCGGCCAGGGCUACCCCCAACCUUCUCUCCUGCUAGAGCCGAAGGACCACUCGCGGGAUCUGACAUCGCUGGUUGGUGAAGUAUGGCCUACAGUCGAGCAAGCAAACGCCGAUGUCCCAAGACAGGGCAGGAUCACGCGGGGCAUGAUCCUGGUAACCACAUCUUCCAAGCCUUUUGAAAGAGCAGCGAAGGGUACCGUCAUCAGAAGCACCACGGCGAAGAAGUACGAGCAAGAAAUUGCACAGCUGUACGCUGAUGAAACGUCGCGGAACUUUCAGCAUAUCGUACUUGGCCCCUCGCCAAGUUUCGCAACCACGGUAAAGUUCGUGAACGAGGUCGUGGCUUGCGUAUUUCCGGCCUACUCUUCCCGUAAGGAUGACGACUUGUUCGUUAUGGGCCUCGACUCGCUGCAAACGACCGAGAUGGUCUCGCUUCUGAAGGCCGGCAUCCAAGCCGGGAGGGAGGGACUUACUGCCUCUUGGCUUUCUCCGAGGUUCGUCUACGAGCACUCUUCCGUAGACAAUAUGGCGCAAGCCAUCCAGCACAAACAAAUGGAAACCAUGGUCGACAAGUGCAUCUAUGAUCUCCCCAAGCGAUCGAAGGAACCGUCACAGGAUUUACAGCUGCCUAAUCAGCAUACGGUCAUGCUCACUGGAUCCACCGGCUCACUCGGUACUCAAAUCCUGGUCAAGCUGUUGUCCGAUUCGAGUGUCACCAGGGUCCAUUGCCUCGACCGCUCUGCCGAUGCCCACAAGCGCAUCAGCGCUACACUAGCUUCGUGGCCUGUCGCGCCUACCCUGGACACUGCGCGAGUUUCUUUCCACCAAGCUGAUCUAGGCAAGCCGGGCUUCGGCCUGACACCCACGGUGCUUUCCACGCUGCGCGAAACCCCGACUUGCAUUAUCCACAAUGCCUGGCAAGUCGACUUCAAUCUAUCACUCAAAUCGUUCGAGGCUGUACACAUCCGCGGUGUGCGUCAUAUCAUAGACGUCAGUAUUGAGAGCACUUAUCACCCGUGUAUCGCUUUCGUCUCGUCGCUCUCGUCGGUCGGUAAUUCGCGUCGUGUCUCGGAAGAGCGCCAAUACAACCUCCUCCCGGAGAACUCGCCGCUCGCAAUCAAUCUUGGCGCAGCCCAGCCGCUCGGCUAUGGCGAGUCAAAGGCUGUCGCAGAGCGCAUACUCGCUCAUGCAGCCCAAACGAGCGGUGUUAGAACCGCCAUCAUGCGCGUCGGGCAAGUUGCUGGUCCGAUCGGCGAGGGCAACGGUGCCCGAUGGGAUGAGACUGAGUGGCUACCAUUGCUGUUGAAGACUUCCAAAGCAACUGGAAGAUUGCCGCUGUUGCUCAACCGAGACGACGGAUCGCUCCUGGCGAGCGUAGACUGGGUCCCUUCCGAUGUCCUCGCGUCUGCCGUCGGCGAUAUUGCUACUAACUUCGCCGGAAACAUCUGUUCUGACCUUUCUGCUUGUGAAGUCGUUCACCUUGUCAAUCCAGAAGUUAGGCCAUGGGAAGACCUAUUGCCCGUCAUGAAGUCAAGACUCGGUGUUUCCCAGGUAGUGAGCUUGAGUGACUGGGUCGCGGAGCUUGAACAGGUGGAUGUCAAUGAUAAGGAUGCUUUGAGAUCUAGACCUGCGGUCAAGAUAUUAGACUUCUUCAGGGACAUGGGCCAAGGAGGAGGGGGAGGAGGGGGAGGAGAUGAAGCUGCCUUCUCAACUGAACGUGCGAGUCGGAUGAGCGAGACCUUGAGACGACUUGGCCCUGUACGUGAUGAAUGGAUGGAGAAAUGGAUGAUGGAUCUAGGCAUCUAA